AUGAGGGGUGAUUCGCUCAUCCAACAACAUCCCCCCACCCCGCCCAAUGCUGGGGCAGAGUACCAAGUCGGACUUCAUCAAGUUGCCGAAUACAACGCCGACCGCGGAUGUUCAUUCGGAGAGGCAGGGUAUGGUUCCCCAAGCUCGGUGGCGCACCAAGGCAUCCCUUCGCAUGCGUCACAUGGCGACGACAACAUUCAUGGGCUUGGACUAGUAGGUCUACAAUACGACGGUUAUGGACCGCCGACAGAGUUUUUCCCUAACGGCUCGUAUGGCCGCAUGUCGAACGAUCAAGUCUUGUUCUCUCCGCCAACACCAAGUUCUGCUAACGGUGAUGAAGCAAGUCGGGCGGCGACCCGCAGCAGAAGAAGAAUGACCGCAUCCACAUCUCCGCAAGAAACCCAAAUAAGCCUAAGGCCAAAAGCAAUACCGAGAUCCAGGAAAGCGAAAACAGCAAAGGGAGACAGGCAGAAAAUACCCAAGCUGACUGCGCCGCUGAGUAUAUUAACAAAAGAACUGCACAACAUUCCGAUCAAGAACAUGGAAGAGUGGGUCAACAGGCCAGCGGAUGUUCGAAGACGAGAAGCAGAAAAACGGAACGGAUACAUUGCUCGUCCAAUGAACUCGUUCAUGCUGUACAGGUCAGCAUUCGCAGAAAGAGCCAAGUCAUGGUGCUUGCAAAACAACCAUCAAGUUGUGUCAUCGGUGGCCGGGGAAAGCUGGCCUCUUGAGCCGCCAGAGAUCCGCGACCUCUACAGCGAAUAUGCAAAGCUCGAAAGAAUUAAUCAUCAGAACGCGCACCCGACGUACAAAUUUUCACCAAGCAAGACGGCCGCUCUAGCUCGGAAGCGAAGAAACGAAUGGUCAGACGAGGAGGAACCUAGCGAUUUAGACGACACCGAGUGGGCACCAGGUGCGGGAAGGUCACGCCCUCGGCAAACUAGGCGCAUCGAACGCUCGAUCAGUCACCCAUCGAGUGGGAUUGGCACAGAAUACUUUGAUGGAACAUUCGGUCCAAACGCGAACGGUGUCAACAGAUCCUCAUGGGAGAUGACGAAUGAAGGACAGCCUAUGCCGAUGCCGAUUCCGAUGGGCCACAACGAUCUCUACAACUGGCCUUACCACACUGCACCGUAUGCGAACAUGCACAUGAGCCCAAGCUACACAGACGACCUGCACAAGCCGUUGAGUACCUCGACGUUUUCCAACCAUUUCCAAUCGAACCCAUCGAUGCUUGGCUUGCCCGGGGGCAGCGCGGACGACUUGCUCCAACAACUCCAUCCACACGUGAGAACUCCCUUUGACGAAGGACCGUUGGAUCCGAUGCUAUUGGCAUAUGGAGGCAGCCAAUCCAGUAUUGAUCCAGCAUCUCUCCAAUCCAACGACUACCGGAACAACCAGAUCAGCAUGCAAGAAGCGCUAUCGUAUCACGACCUCGACAACCUGCUGGAUCUUCCGCAUGACGAGUAUCAAGCUUGGCAACCCGAUCCGACCAGGGUGUCUUUGGAGCAAGAGUCUGAGUUUGACAAAUGGGUGGGCGAGCAAUAA